UCAGCUGUUGUUCUGAGUCAGAGCUGCUCCUGCGUCAGGAUCUCCUCUCGUCCUGUAUUUAUCUGGUGUCAGCAGAUAAUCACGAUGAGUUUUACUUUACACAGUCUGUCUCUUCUUUGUUCCCGGCGGCUCAUUGUGUCGUUUCCCAGAACAUCGGUUUGUUUCCUGUAACUUUAGCAUCAAAAGAAAUAUAGAAAAGACAGAAACGUGAAAAUGACUCUUAUUUUCCACAAGUGUUUUGUGCUGAUCUGGGUUACAGACGGUUUCAACACCGACACCGUCGGGAUCGUGUGUUAAUAUCCAACAACGCCAGCUGCAAAAUGACUUGAUGGUUUAUAAAACUUCAUGAAUUCUCUUUCUUCAGCAGAGUCUCACAUUUCCAUUCAGAUUAAAUGUGACACGUCCAGCACGGACCUGAAGAGACACAACUCAGGUCAAUGAGAAAUGGUCGUUCAGUCAUUUAAAUGCAGUUUAACGGGAACUUGCUCAUUUUCAUUUAGUUUAAAUUGCAGGUCGCUGUUACGAAGGUGAAGUGAUGGAGGUUCUGUCUCCUCUGGAUCACGGUCCAGUUGCUCUCUUUCCAAAAGAGAAUCUGAGAAGCUGUUUGUGAGAAGAGUCUUUAUGACCAGGACAAAGAGGAAGUGUUGACCUGAGGCAGACAGAGCAGACGUAUGUAACACAAACUCCUUACAAGAUAACACAACAACGAGCCGUCGAGACAAACAGUGUUUGAAGGAUAAGAUCAUCUGUGGACACACACAAUGAUUUCAGUCUUUUAAAAGCUGUUGGCACAGGUUCCCUCCUGAGAGUUCAUGUCAUGCUCACUACCUCUUCUCACUUCCUCUGUGAACCUUCAUAAAGAACUAUCUUUAUCUGUGGUCUUUGUCACUUUGAAUCCUUCCACCUCACUGUCGGGAACCUCGGCCAAACAGGAGAGUAUGGGACAGCAGAUGAUCCCUCUCUUCACCCUCCUCCCCCUCCUCCUCUCCCUGUGCGGGGGUCAAAGUUCGAACCCCGGGAGACCCUCCUGCCGGAACUGUGACCUGCACCUCAGCUGUGACUGCUCCCGUGGCCAAUUCACCCACGUUCCCAUAGUAACCAGCCGCGCACUUACUCUGGAUCUGUCCUUCAACAACAUCACCAUGGUGACCGAUGUCGACCUGACGGGCCACGAGCGACUGAGGACUCUGAGUCUCCAUGGAAACAGAGUAGCUGGGAUUCAACCGGCAGCGUUCGACUCCCUCUGGAGUUUGGAGGAGCUCGACCUGUCCCACAAUCAGCUGACGUCUCUGAAGCCCGACUGGUUCCAGGAGCUGGGGGCGCUGCUGCGUCUCAACCUGCUCCACAACCCGUACAG